UAUUUAAAUCUUCGUAUAUUUAUCCCGGUGCCCGUCGAACCUGUUCGAGAUGCCUUAGCUUGUUAGCUGCUAACAAAGAGCCGCGUUUGUUAUUAAAAAAAAAUACCGCUCAGCAGAAAUCAAAGUGUUGUGAUUCUCGUGUGACCAUGUGUGCAAAAAGUUUGGAAAACAAAUUCGACGAUGAAUUUUGUCGACCUAAAGAGAAAAAGGAACGUCAACGAUUGGACGCCGGGUUCAAGCAGCCUUGCGUUGUUUUGCACAGAGCAGACAUCAAUGAGGAAUAUGUUGAUCCUGAGCAGCAGGAUCCGGAGAACUUUCACGCUGAAGAGGACAAGGAACCAGGAACCCACCACAUUAAAGUUGAAGAGCAGGAGGCUGAUAUCACCAAGUUGCCAUUGACUGUUGUCAUUGUGAAGAGUGAAGAUGAUGAAGCGCACGGUCGGAAGUCACGGCUUCGUCCCCGUCAAAGUAAGAAGAAAAGAAGGGCGGAGCCUCCAAGCUGCAGCACGAGUCAACUUUCGACGACAGAAGGCAAUGGAGACCACUCUGGAGGAUCACAAGCGGGCACCCCCUUAGCGCCACUAACAGAUAGUGAUGACAUCACAUCAGGCUCUCCUGACUCUGACGAUGAUGAACGCUCGAAAGGUGACAAGACGUGUCACACUCACGAGAAACGCUGGAAAUGUUCACAGUGCGGGAAAGCCUUUGAUGCAAAGUAUAAUUUGAAAGUACACAUGAGGACACACACGGGUGAAAAGCCGUUUGCCUGCCAAAUAUGUGGUAAAAGCUUCUCUGUAAAGGGAUAUUUAAGAACACACACGAGAACACACACCGGAGAGAAACCUUAUGCCUGCUCAGCUUGUGGGAAAAGUUUCCCCAGACUGGGACAGUUAAAAACACACACGAGAACCCAUACUGGGGAGAAACCGUUUGCCUGUUCAGUUUGUGGUAAACGCUUCUACAUAAAUGGAAGUUUAAUCAGGCACGCCAGAAUACACACCGGCGAGAAACCGUUUGCCUGCUCAGUUUGCGGUAAAAGAUUCUUACUAAAGACACAUUUAAGAACACACACGAGAACACACACGGAGGAGAAGCCUUUUGUGUGUUCGGUUUGUGGUAAAAGAUUCUCCAGAAAUGGAAAUUUAAGAACACACACAAGAACUCACACUGGGGAAAAGACCUUUGCCUGCUCAGUUUGUGGUAAAAAAUUCGCUGAGAAGGGAUGUUUGACGAGACACACAAGAACACACACUGGAGAGAAACCUUUUCCUUGCUCGGUUUGUGGUAAAAGAUUCUCGGUAAAGGGACGUUUAAGUAGGCAUACGAGAACGCACACUGGAGAGAAGCCCUUUUCCUGCCUAAUUUGCGGCAAGAGGUUCAUCCAAAAGGUACAACUGGGAAUACACAUAAGAACACACACAGGGGAGUAACCGGUUACCAAACAUUAAAAAAGAAGAGGAGACCUAAAACAACUUUCAAGAAGAGGAAGAGGCGAGAUGACUAAGUGGCCACAUGGACUGGGUGUCAUGACUUCGUUUGUAAAUCUCAUGUACUCCCCCCCCCCCCAAGUAUUGUAAUUUGUAUUAAUAUUAUUAGAGCAUUUCUUUGAAUUCUAAUUCAUAUUAGCUGUUCCGUGUUCAAGCCUGGUUGUCAAAUGAUUGUGAAUAUGUGCAGCUUCCCCAUUUUAAAGAGAGUUAUUGUUCCACAGAAGAUUUCAUCUCGAUUUUAUUCAAUGAUCCAGGAAUGUUUUUCUUUCGUCUCUUCUUAGUUUAACAUUCAGCAGUUUAACUUUCAUCAAGUCACACCCCUUACAAUAGUCACUGGCACUGAGGUGCAUUAAGUGCAAUUGAAUUACAUUCGUGACUUUGAGAAAUAUAUCCAAGAACCUGC